AUGGUGAGCUAUGUUCCAAUAUCAUCACAAACAUUCACUCAAAUAUCCAAAGCCUCAUCUGAAGAUAGAGAAAUCCAAGCAGUAGCUGCAGUCAUCAUAGAGGGAUGGCCAGACAAUAGAUCUGAUCUCUCAACUGUGGUUCAGCAAUACUUCAACUAUAGAGACGAACUGUCAUUCCAGAAUGGUGUAGUCUUUAAAGGUGAACGUGUGGUAGAGCCUAAAGCUGAACGACACAACAUCAUGGUCAAACUACACUCUAGUCACUGUGGAAUUCAGAAUUCUCUUAGAAGAGCAAGAGAAGCUGUGUUUUGGCCCAAUAUGAAUAGAGAUGUGAAGGAAUUCAUAAACAAGUGGGAAAUCUGUGCCUGUUACAAUGAUGAGCAGCAGAAAGAACUAUUAAAAAGUCACAGUCUGCCAAGCCGUCCCUGGGAGAAAGUAGCAGUCGAUUUGUUCGACUUUGAGGGGAAAGACUUUCUCAUAACGACCGACUAUUACUCAGACUUCUUCGAAGUAGAUAGACUACAUGAUAAGACAUCAAAAACGGUCAUCAGGAAGCUGAAGCAGCAGUUUGCCAGACAUGGUAUUCCGGUUCAGGUCAUGUCAGACAACGGACCACCAUUUGGCUCCAAAGCUUUUACAACGUUUGCCAGAACUUUUGAAUUUGAACAUUGUACAAGCUCUCCGCGCUGUCCACAGUCCAAAGGGAAAAUUGAGAACUCAGUGAAAGUGGCCAAGAGAAUAAUGAUAAAGUCAAGGAAAGCUGGCACGGCUCCCUAUUUGGCACUCCUCGAUUGGCGGAACACACCUACAGAACACAUGGAAAGCUCCCCAGUUCAGCGACUCUACAGCUGA